AUGUCUUUAAAUGUAUGGCGAAACGCCGACAGGAAAACGCCGAAGUGUAAAGGGCGGCUGCUGGGGACGCGUGGGACCGUGCAAGGGCAGCGUAUCGCUUUUAGGAAAUCGGAACCCACGCGCGAGUCCAAGGGAGCGGGGCCCGGGCUGGGUGCCCCGGGGAGGCGCACGUACCUUGUCCCGCGGCCUGAGGCUGCGCUGCCCCGCGCGGAGGGAGGCCGAGCCCGGAGGAGGCGCGCGGCGCCGGGCAGGGGCGCCAGGGGUGGGGCCUUGCUGACCCUGGAAAGUCUGCUCCUCCUAGGGCUGGCCAGUUCCUACCGGGGAGCGUGCCUACCUUUCAAACGCAGACCGACCAAUCCAGAGCCCGUACUACACCACCUCCUUAGUUCUGAUAAUGUCACUUGCCAAAUGAGGAAUGACGAGGUUCAUAAACUUGGAAAGAAGAGGUUUCUUCUCAGAAAGGGGUGCAGGCUGCAGGGCGGCCAUUGUGACAGGCUGAGAAGCAGAGCCUCUGGCCAGAAGCCAGAAACAGACCCUUCCAGGGGCAGAAGAACAAGACAGGAGUUUAUGCUGAAUGAAGUGGCCAAAUACACACAUUUGAUGAGCUAUGGGAGGAGCCCUGAAUAUUGAUGAGAGGAGAAAUAUGCGCGUGUGUAAUCAAGCUCCGUGUCUUUCCUGGGGACCUGGGUUAGCGUGAUCUGAGGGUGGCUGUUUCAGGCCUCUGACAUGAAAAGAUGAAGCAGAGGACUUGAAAAUCCUCACUGUGCAGCCCCUGGAGACUGGCCAGAAUGACUUCAUGGCCAGUAGUGUCUUAUCUAACCACUCCGUGGCCAGUAGUCCUCUUAUCAAGGGUGCCAGUCAGUUCUUUUGUCCAGACCACAUAAGGGCAGGGCAGCAUCAGGUGGCUAGUUGAUAUCAGGAAUGAAGCCUCUUUCCCAAGGGCUGGUUUCUGCUUAGCCCCCUAGGAAAGAAAGUCUCAUGGUGGUUAUCCAGGGCAUGAGGGCUAUAAUGAGGCGUGUCUGACCUUCCAUCCCAUCAUGACCAGGAACUCAGUUUUCCAGGUUUCUCUGGAG